AUGUCGGAUUGGGAAGAUGAUUAUGAUGAAAAUGGAAUCGCAAUUGAAAAGCCCUCUGAGAAAACAGAAUUUAAAUUUCCAGCAAUUAGAGGGACAACUGACGUAUGCGUUGGCGGUAAACGUGUUAGCGGAGAGCUACACUGGAAAGUUGACAGAAAUGGCUCGCAGUGGCGGAACUGGAAGGACAGUAAAUUCAAUUCGGAUUUUGGUGACCGCAAGUUGUCCAGAAAUGGAGAACAUGGCCGCGAUAGGGAAGAACGACCCCGGACUGGUGGAAAGAGAACGGGGUCAUCUUCACCUGUGUCCCUCACAGUGGAGAACUCCUCAAUUGGGAGGGUAAUAGGCCGAGGUGGUGCAAAAAUUCGUGAACUUGAGGAGAAUAGUGGCACCAAGAUAAAGAUUAAUCGCGGAGACUAUGAAGGAGAACUGCUUAUCUUCGGUAGCCAUGAUGCUCAGGAAAAAGCCAGAGAGAUGAUCGAGAAGAUUGUGUUGGGUGAUUCAGACGGUGGCCGUGGAUUUCGUAAUGGACACGCUUGCUCCUCGGCCAGAAGAGACUCCUGCUGGCCAGCGUCGGCACUGCAGGCCCCCGUGGCACCAGCUCCGGCUCCCAUAGACUGGGCUGCUAUGAGGGAGAACCGUCACAAAUACGAGGCCCUGAAAUGGCAGGAUCUCCCCCCAAUAAAAAAGGAUUUCUACAGGGAGGCUGAGUGUGUGGGCAGGCGUAGUGUGGAGGAGGUGCAGGCCUGGAGAAAAGACAACAACAAUAUUUUUGUGGAUGACCUGAAGGAGAAAGAGAAAAGAGCCAUUCCUAACCCUGUGCACACAUUUGAGGAGGCUUUUUCUCCCUACCCGGGUAUUAUGGAGAACAUUAUCCGGGUGGGGUUUCAGAAGCCAACCCCGAUUCAGUCCCAGGCCUGGCCUAUAGUUCUGAGUGGGCUGGACCUGAUUGGAAUAGCCCAGACAGGCACUGGAAAGACCCUGGCCUAUCUGCUCCCUGGCUUCAUUCACAUGGACCAGCAACCUCUGCGGAGAGACAAGCGGGAAGGCCCUGGUAUGUUAGUGCUGACACCCACCCGAGAACUGGCACUCCAGAUAGAGUCUGAGUGUAACAAGUACAGCUACAAGGGUUUCAGAAGUGUCUGUGUGUACGGCGGAGGAGACCGGAGAGGGCAGAUUAACGCGGUCAGCGGCGGCGUGGACAUCGUCAUCGCCACCCCGGGACGACUAAACGACCUGCAGAUGAACGGACUCAUCAACCUGCGCUCCGUCACGUACCUGGUGUUGGAUGAAGCAGAUCGUAUGUUGGAUAUGGGAUUCGAACCACAAAUUAUGAAAAUAAUUCUGGAUAUUCGCCCAGACAGGCAGACAGUCAUGACCAGUGCCACCUGGCCUUCGGGCGUGAGGCGUCUGGCCAAGUCUUACCUCACAGACCCUAUGAUGGUCUACGUUGGUACCCUCGACCUUGCAGCAGUGAACACAGUGGAGCAGAGAGUGCUUUUUGUUCAGGAGGAGGAGAAAAAAGCAUACGUUUUUGAUUUCAUCCACAACAUGGAACCCCAGGACAAAGUCCUGAUAUUCGUAGGGAAAAAAAUCGUAGCGGACGACCUGUCCAGCGAUCUGUGUCUGAGGGGCAUAGCCGUUCAGUCUCUGCAUGGAGACAGGGAGCAGAGUGACCGUGAGGAGGCCCUGCAGGACUUUAAAGACGGCCGUGUGCGUAUUCUUGUGGCCACGGAUCUGGCCUCGAGAGGACUGGAUGUCCACGACAUCACACAUGUCUUCAACUACGACUUUCCACGGAAUAUUGAGGAGUACGUCCAUCGAGUGGGCCGGACAGGGCGCGCAGGGCGGUGUGGGGCCUCCGUUACCCUGGUAACAAGGGCAGACUGGAAGAUGGCGAGUGAACUUAUUCACAUCCUUGAGAGAGCUGGCCAGGAUGUUCCAGAAGAACUGGUUUUGAUGGCGGAGCGGUAUGACAAACAUCAGCGAGAGAAGGAGCUGAUGGCUCCCAGAGCGAGGGGUGACGGGGGAGGAAGACGAGGAAGAGGAGGCAGGGGUGGGAGAAGUGUGUUCGGGACAGACUCACACUGGGGCGUGUGA